CCAAAAGACCGUUUCAAAUUUCAAAAAAUGCAAGUCAAAUGUCAAAAUCUUUUAGGUUAGUAGAUGCAUUCAGAUGCAUUGAAUGAAUUUAACGAAUUUAUUUAAAAAAAUGUUUUCUAGUGUUCGGCAACUCACAGAUUUAUCUAAAUUACCCAAACAAGAGGUAAAAAAGAUUCUAGAAGAAAUAGAUGUAGUUUUGACGGAUUGCGAUGGGGUUUUGUGGUUGGACAAUGAGCCCAUUAAGGGAUCUGUUGAAGUCAUCAAUAAAUUCAUAGAAAUGGGAAAAAAAGUUAUUUUCGUGACAAACAAUUCGACGAAAGUCCGAGAUGAAUUUGCUACGAAAUCUAAAAGGCUAGGUUUUAAUGUAGGAAAAGAGGAUAUUAUGUCAACAUCAUAUUUAGCUGUAUCAUAUUUAAAAAAUCAAGGAUUUGACAAAAAAGUGUAUGUAAUUGGAUCCAAAGGAGUUACACAAGAAUUGGAACAGGCAGGAAUAAAGCAUCUAGGAGUUGGACCAGAUGUAUUUGAAGGUACUCUAGCACAAGCUGUAAUUGAUUUCAAACCAGAUCCAGAUGUAGGAGCUGUAAUUGUAGGUUUUGAUGAACAUUUUUCUUAUCAUAAACUUCUAAAAGCUGCUACAUAUUUGAAUAAACCAGGUUGCAUUUUUAUUGGAACAAAUACAGAUGAACGAUUUCCCAUGGAUUCAAAUUUAGUAGUACCUGGCACUGGUGCUAUAGUGAGAUGUGUCGAGACUGUAGCCCAACGUGAUGCACUUGUUGUGGGCAAACCUAAUCCGUAUAUUGCUGAUGCAAUAAUGGCUGAAUAUGGAAUUGAUCCAAAAAGGACAAUAAUGAUUGGUGACAGGUGUAAUACUGAUAUCUUGUUAGGUACAAGAUGUGGUUUUCAAACCUUGUUGGUUUUGUCAGGAGUAACAACUUUAAAAGAAGUUACAGAAUGGCAAAAAUCUUCUAAAAAAGAUGAACAAGAACUAGUACCUGAUUAUUACAUAGAUAAAUUAGGAGAUGUACUGAAUUUUAUGACCUAAUUUUAAAUAAUUUUUAGUCCAAUUCAGCUAGUUAAAUAAAAUUUUAACUGUUAGUCCAUUUUUAAAUUAAUGUAAUAAAUGUAUUUUUAUUAAAUUUUUACAAUCCA